UGACCUAAAGCUCUGCUAAAACGCUGUCUGUCACUCUGUAAGAAACAAGCAAAUGCGGAAAAAAACUUGAAAGCUAAAACCUUUAAUGGCGUUCCUACUCUCCACGAGCUUCUCCGUUCCUUUCUCUGCUUCAAAUGCCUUCUUUAAGUUUCAGGAACGACAUACAAAGAAACCAGCUUCGGUUAAACCUUUAAGACACCCAACAUACAUUACAGCCACAAAACUCUCCAUCUCCUGCAGCAUUAUUGAUGUGAUAUCGUCUACAAAUCAAACUUGUAGGGAUCAUUUUUUGACGCCCUCAAGUCAUCAGUUUGAAGUAGUAUCUUAUCAUAUGAAUGUAGGCUCUUCCCACAUGAUAAUUUCUGGUUAUUGGGUUGGACCUGAUGUUGAUGACGGUUGGGGAUUCAUAGAAGCUUUUAUUAAUCCAAUUUGUUGAUUUUUGGUGAUGAAAUGUGGAGGGACUUUUUUUUUUUUUUUUCCCUCCUCAAUAGAUAUAUGUCUUGUACACUUUCCGAGCCAAAGAAAAAUUCAAAUGUGGAAAAGUCGGGUUAUGAAUUAUGAUUCAUGAGUUAUUGUAGCAGCACUUAUUUAUGUUUUACCAAAAUUUUGUUGGCUCAAUGGAAAGCCUCGGAC